AUCUAGUCGAGAAUUUUCACCAUUUAAAAAAUUCAGUCAAAAAUUCAAGCGUUCUCAAUUACAUCGGUCGGUGCCCAAUUCGGCGAUAGAAAACAAGAACAUAGAUUGUUGUGUUCCCUAUUUGAUCCACGUAUAUUUUUAUUUUUUUGAAAACAACUCGAAGUUUUUCAGUUUAUUAGGAACCGUAAGCAAAAUGAUCAAAAGAUUGUACGCUUGGCUACUUUUGUUGAUAAUUAUUGGUGCCUUUCUACCUAUCUAACUGCAUAAUUACCAUGACUACUGACCUUAACGAUAGAUAGGAAAUCAUUAAUAGUUAUCAAUCGAUAAAGAAUACAUAAUUCUAUCACCUGUGUAAAAUUUUAAAAGUUCAAAAACUUCUUAUUAUUAAGUAUAUCGAAUGUUUAGAUAAGACUUCGAGCAGUCUAAAAUUUAAUUUCCAAAAAUCAUCUUUUAGUUGUGUAACUACCUACUCGAUCUAUGAGCAAACUGAAUUAAGCUGUUGAUUAACUUUCGAUUUGACCAAAAUGAGUGCCGGAUGGAAAUUUGUUCUUUUUGAAAUUUGUAUACUUUGUGUAAGUACUAGGGCAGCAGUGACUGGCGACAAAUCAGAUGAAAGAUCACAAAUAAUAGUAGCUAAAGAAGGAGAUAAUAUCACGUUACCGUGUAAUCCAAAAUUGCAAAACUCUCAAACUUUGGAUAAGUCAGCAUUUGAAUGGGUGGCUGAUUAUGAACUUCCUAUUUAUGUCAAUGGACGUAUAUCACCAUCUAGAUCGUUAGAAACUUUUGAACCUCAUUUCGAAGUGGUAAAUUCUUCAUUGAUCUAUCGCAAAAUUUUUCGUGGGAAUUAUACACUCAUUUGUCGCCUGAUUCCGUCAAAUUCAAACUACACAUAUUUCCUUCAAGUGAGACCUGCAAAAGGACGAAGUACCAUUAUUAGUCUAUCGACCUCUGUUCCUGAAUUUGCAAAAGCAGGAGAACCACUUACUUUGCCAUGUGAUUUGGACGAUAUAACACCUAGUAUUGGUAUCAACUAUGCGUGGACAGCGUCAAAAUCAAAUCAACCUUUCGAAGUUAUAUCCCUCAACCAACACGUGAUAUUGCGAAAUAAUACUGCUGGAUAUCGAAUUAGCGAGAAUGGCUCUUUGAUUAUUCCAAAUUUCAAACCAAGCUAUCGCUCUGAUUAUGAAUGUCAUUUUUCAAUCGGUUCAUCCCGCAAAUACCACUCCUAUUCCAAAGAUAAUGCUGAUUACGUUCGUGAAAGUUCGAUAAAUAUCAAGAAAAAUAUUGCUGUUUCUCAAGGAAACAAUGUAACCUUGAAAUGUCCUACGGCUGUACGCGACCUAGUGUGGAUUUGUAAUGGCACCGAUUAUUUGUUUAUGGGUGGAAGUGCAGUGAAGAACAGCAAAAGUGAAGGUGUGAAAAUGCAUUCCAAUGGAACGUCAUUAAUAAUUACAGAUUUUUCAUCUUCUUUGAGUGGAACUUACGAGUGCCUUUCGCGUACUGGUCUAAAAUACACGUACGAUGUAACAGAACGAAAGCCAAUUAAUCGAACCAUAGUUGCUAAAUUAGGAAAUGAUGUAGUACUACCUUGUUCCUUGAGUGCAGAUGAGCUUGAAGGUGCACCAUCUUUUGUGUGGAUUCGUAACAAUGCAGAGCUUUUAUUCAUUAACGAGUAUCCGGUCGUGGGAAGUAACAUUCAUAAACUUAAGAUAGGCGAUGAUCAGUGUUCGUUAGUAAUAACUGAUUUUUCGACUUCUUUGGUGGGAUUUUACACAUGUCGUUGGAGCAGUGGAGUGAACAUCACGUACCAUGUCACAACACCAAACGAGUCCAAAUUCAAGAAGCAAACUGUGAUUUUCCCGCUUGGUAAGAAAAAAACUGUGCUGCCAUGUCCUGCAACAAACAACAAUGAACACGCUUCGUUUGAAUGGAGUUUCCGAGGUGCUGUGGGUACUGCUUUGGAUUCGGAAACACUUUUAUCUGUAAAUCAAGAAAAAUUCGUGUCGCAACCUUUCAAUGAAAAUUUAGUAAUAGACGAGGACAAUUCAUUAGUCAUUUUAUUAUUGACCACUUACGCAUACGGCGUGUAUACGUGCCGAUGGUCCACUGGUGAAGAAUACGUUUACAAUGUUAACCGUGAAAGUGUCAAAUGGACAAAUUUAACACUUCAGGUGAAUCUUGGAGAAGAUUUCACAUUGCCAUGUCCACUAGAAGAUCCAAGAGAUCGUGAUGCUAAUUGGAUUACCUGGUAUAUCACGUUCCAGAAUAAAGAAGCAUCUCAAUAUUCUGGCUGGUUUCAAUUCAUAGAUGGGAAAAGAACUACAAUUCCUGAUAUUACGAGUAGCUUACCUCCUAAUCUUAAAUUCGCUGAUGGAACGAAAUCGUUAAUUUUUUCGAAUAUUACAUCUGAUAUGGAAGGCGAAUUUCUGUGUUCUUUGAUUGUAUCAAAUACAGCAUACCGAUAUGAAAUUAAAGUUCUGGGUAAGUAUUUGCAGGAAUAUCUUGCAGUAGGGGUACCUACUAAUUAUCCAAACCUACCUUUCUCUUCGAUUUACGUUAAAUUGAACAAACUAUGUCUACCAGUGUUACACCCAGGGUUUUUUCCAGCGAAGGGCUAGAAUUUUAAAAUGAUGAUUGUGUGGGCAGUGGCCUAACUAGGGGUUUCCCUAAGGUUGAAGGGGGAUCCACUAGAAGAAAUUGCAUUUUGUCUAAAUUCUUUCGAUAUGAUAGUCUGGCCUCGUAUAAGUUAUGAAGUGGGAGGCAGACAUGUGUAAGAAAUGGAGAAUGAAAACGUGCCCAAUAAAAGCCUUAGAUUUUUGUGAUUUUUUUUCAUUUAAGUAUUUCAAAAACUGGCUGUCAUGAGCUGUCCAUUACCUUAAUAAUAAUUAUUAUUUUCAAAAUUUACAGAUUUCUAGAUAUAGGGAAAUAUAUAUCGGCACGACAGAAAAAGUGAUUCAAACGACAGGACAUUUGAACGACAAAAUAGGCUAUUUCAACGACGAUUUUUAACGACAGUUCAGCACGACAAGUUAGGUAAUACGAACGACAAUUUGAUUUCAUACAAACGACGAAAUAAAUGUAAUCCACAUCCAAAUAAAUUAUUGCCCGCCUAAAAAGUAAUUGCCCGGGAAAAUAAAUUAUUCCCCGCCAAAAAAAAAAAAUCGAAAAAUUUACUCUUUUUGAAAAAAAACAACUUGUAAACAUGAAUUUACGAGAAGAGAACGUUUGUGAAACUUUCCACCUCGUCACGUCCCAUCAGUAAAACUGAUAGUACAUUUAGGUAUAUAGGUGGGUAAUUCUCAAAAAAAGGUAAAAUUCGUAUACAUGGCAAAUUUCUCAGAGAUUUUAGCAUGAAUUUUUCUUUUUUUCUGGUCCAUUGAAGGAUCACCCCCCCACACACAUUUCACAUUUGGUAUUGAGAUUUUUAGCCCCUCCUUACCCCAAAUGUCCUUGGACUUGGUUGUCACACGCCAUGUUUUUGAAAAGAAAUGUUAUAAAGUGUCAUGAACUUCAUUUUUUUGGGGAAAAAUUGACAUAUUCCCAUUAUCAUAGAACACACAGGUUUGAAAACUGUCACACACUUUUUGCGCCAAUUUUAGAGCAAUUUUCAAUUAUUUUUGCUAGCUUCCCAAUCUAACAUUUUUUCUGGUAAGUGGCAGGACUGGUUAUUGACUGUUCUCAUAGAAAUGUUACCCCGCACCAUAUCAAAAUUGACCUUUUUUUUUUAGAGAAUUACCCAGAUACAUGUACACUAUACAAAUUCCCUAUUUGAUUGAUCUGAACACUUCUUCAUACUUCGUUCUUCUGGAAGGUCAGCGAAAUCGAAAAAAGCACUGCUGGUUCAGUAGACGAACUUUUUAUUUUUAAUUUUUUGUGACGUGCUUUUAUAAUUUUUCAUGUCGUUCGUUUUCCAAUAAACUUGCAUUUUUUUUGUCGUUCAUUUCUAUAUUUUUUUGUCGUGCACAUUUCGUCGUUGAAUAUAUUAUAUAGACGUGCAAUAAAUUAUUCUGUCGCGCAAUAUCUUACAUCGUCGUUCAAAUUCAUUUAUCGUCGUUUGAAAACUUUUUUCGUCGUGAAAUGAUUAUUUUCCCGUGCAAUGUCCUUUUUUGUCGUUAAAAUGCCCUUUUCUCGUCGUGAAAACGCCUUUUUCUGUCGUGCCGAUAAAUCACACCCCUAGAUAUAUGUAUCUACCACCGGCAUGAAAAUCACCCAAAUUUCUCAAGAAAAAGCAAAUCUUGGAUCAUCUGCACUCUGUGAUACAAAUCGUUAUUGGUAUCUAGAACUACUGAAAUAAAUUUCUUUCAUUAUGAAGAAUCUUGUAAAACAUGUUUAUUUUUUAAUACUUUAUUAUAAUAAAUCAUUUCAUAAGAAAA